CGAACUUCAACUAUUUUGAUAUAGAAAGUAGAGAACAGCGUCAUCAAAUUGCAAGGUGUUUUACUCACUGUAGAGCGAAGUUGAGAAUUGUGUUGCCAUAAAUAUAAAUAAAUUAAAUCUGUGAAGGAGAAGAGAAUGGAAUCGAGUCGAAGAGCGGUGGAAUCGUACUGGCGGUGGCGCUUGAUCGAUUCAGCUACCUCCGAUGAAGAGAAAGUCACACCUGUCUACAAACUUGACGAAAUCUGCGAGCUCCUACGCUCUUCGCAUCCUGGCAUCGUCAAGGAGCUCUCAGAAUUCAUCCUUAAACGCCUCGACAAUAAAAGCCCCGUCGUCAAACACAAGACUUUGAGAUUGAUCAAGUAUGCGAUUGGAAAGUGUGGUGUAGAGUUUAGAAGGGAAAUGCAGAGACAUUCAGUGGUUAUUCGGCAGUUGUUACAGUACAAGGGUCAAUUGGAUCCUCUGAAAGGCGAUGCACUCAACAAGGCUGUUAGAGACACUGCUCAAGAAGCUAUCUCUGCUAUUUUUUCUGCAGAUGAUAACAUCAGUAAGCCACCGUCUUCGGCUUCUGCUUCCGCUGAUCUCAAUAGACGGAUCGAAGGGUUUGGGAACACCAACUAUCAAGCUCCUUCUCAGGAUAAGAAAUCGUUUCUCAGUGAGGUUGUGGAUAUUGGAAGUGCAACCAUUAAGCAAGGACUCAGUGCCUUCACACAGGGCCAUUCUUCGCUUAUCAAGAAUGAAGCUGCGAGUGGAACAUACAAGGACAGAUAUGAACCCACUGCGUAUGGCAGUGGAAUUACGUCGGCACUUUCGAAGAAUCAAACUGGUGGCCCUUGGAAUCAGGAUGCAGGCGUAACUAGGAUGGAAAUGUCGAAUGGGAAAACUAGUGCUGGUUAUGCAGAGAGUAAGACACAAGAGGAGAGAUUGCUAGAGACAGUUGCUAGUUCUGGAGGCGUGCGCCUGCAGCCCAGUCGAGAUGCCAUUCAAGUUUUCCUAAGAGAGGCUUCAAAGUUGGAUGCCAUGGCUUUAUGUCAUGCCCUUGAACAAAAGCUCCAAUCCCCAAUGUGGCAGGUUCGUGUCAAAGCUGUUUGCGUCCUAGAAUCCAUCCUUAGAAACAAAGAUGAUGAUAAUUUUUUACGUAUGGCGACUUACUUUGCUGAGAACAAGGAUCUGGUGUUGAGAUGUUCGGAUUCCCCCCAAGCCUCUUUAAGGGAAAAGGCAAACAAGGUUCUUGGUCUUUUAGGUGGAGGCCAACCAAACAGUUCCAUUAAUUCAGAGAAGGCUAUGAAGAUGGAUAGUGCUGCUGUUGCUGAGUUUCCUGACUUGUUAGACACUGGUGAUUUUAAUGACUAUCAUGGAACAGGCGAUGCUACAAAGAGAACAAAUGAUAAAAAUAUAGCAAAUUUGACACCAUCCAUACCUCCGGCUCUGGCUGAUGAUUUAUUUGGAAAUUUUAGUAAUUCUGGAGUAGCUAGUAACGAACGAAAAAAUAACUCUGAUGAUGAUGACCCCUUUGCUGAUGUGUCAUUUCAUUCUGAUGAAAACAAAGAGCAUAGCGAUAUCUUUUCAAGGAUGACUGUUGGAAAUGAUAAACUGGGUCAUCAUGUGAGUAAUGACAUUUUUGCCACUAAUUCCAGGCACGGAAAUAAUGGAGAGUUUGUUGAUCAUUUACUGGCUGGCUUGUCUGUAGAUGAAAACACAUCCAGUGCAAAACAGAAAGCAACAUCCCCUGCCAUGCAAUCUGAUUAUUUUUUUUCUGGUUUAAAUAAUCAGGCUAGUCAUCUGAGACCGGACAACGGUUUUGGUGGCAUGUUGGGCUCUCAGGCAGUUGGCUUCAAUGUAAAUUCCGUAUUUCCUUCUGGUCAUCCAUCUUACACUGCACAACCUGGCAUUAUUUUGAACCAACCAUAUUCCUCUCAGCCACUUAAUUAUGGUGCCAUGGGAAAUCUCUUGGCUCAGCAGCAAUUUCUGGCAACAGUUACUAAUUUCCAACACCUUAAUAAUGUCAACAGGCAUGAUGCCAGUUCUGCUAAAAAUGCUGGAAGCAAUGAAAGAACACCUCUUCCGGACAUAUUCCAAUCAAAAUUUUCAACGCAAACUCCUAGCUCAAUGAUCAGCAGUUCAAAGAAAGAAGAAACUAAAGCAUUUGAUUUUAUCUCACUUUGCAGAAUCCCAACUUGUUCGGUAAAGUUUAACUGCAUGAGAGGAAUUCAGUCAUUUGAAUGUGAUUUAUCGACCAUCUUGCUACAGCAAAUGAUUCAAGGAGAGUGAUUUGAAAUUUCAAUAUCUUACUAUUGUUGACAAGAUUUAUGGUGCUUUACGACGCUGUGGUGGAUUUCACACGAAUAAAUCAAACCGGUUCAUAAUUUCCGAUGAAGAAAGUUGAUUUGCUUUGGCAUGAUGGAACAUUGUCGAUGUUUUUCUAUUGCUCAUGUCGUCAACAAAAUAUGAGCACAGUUAUAGCAAUUGGAGGAAUAUGAAAUGGUUACUACCAGUUCCCGAUAUUUUGAACGAAAAUGAACUCUUGAAUGUUACCUUUUUAUUCAUUUAAUUCUUUUUGUAAGUAGUUGAGAUUUGUUUAUCUGUAUUGCGGGCACUAUCAGCAAUACCAUAUGCAUCCGGCGCAAUGUCUUACCUUUCCUGCAGCAAUGUUUGAGUUCUGUUUGGCCCUUUCUUUAUAGUUUUUUCUCAAUGGAAAAUGGUCCAUCCUGUCUCCUUAAUGUCCAA